CCGGAAGCGGCGCGAGUAGAGCGGAGCCUGGCGGGCGUGGGAACCCGGGCCCCGCCGAGGCGGCCAGGAGGUGAGAUGGCAGCUGGGCAAAAUGGGCACGAAGAGUGGGUGGGCAGUGCAUACCUGUUUGUGGAGUCCUCGCUGGACAAGGUGGUCCUGUCGGAUGCCUACGCGCACCCCCAGCAGAAGGUGGCAGUGUACAGGGCUCUGCAGGCUGCCUUGGCAGAGAGCGGCGGGAGCCCGGACGUGCUGCAGAUGCUGAAGAUCCACCGCAGCGACCCGCAGCUGAUCGUGCAGCUGCGAUUCUGCGGGCGGCAGCCCUGUGGCCGUUUCCUCCGCGCCUACCGCGAGGGGGCGCUGCGCGCCGCGCUGCAGAGGAGCCUGGCGGCCGCGCUCGCCCAGCGCUCGGUGCCGCUGCAACUGGAGCUGCGCGCCGGCGCCGAGCGGCUGGACGCUUUGCUGGCGGACGAGGAGCGCUGUUUGAGUUGCAUCCUAGCCCAGCAGCCCGACCGGCUCCGGGAUGAAGAACUGGCUGAGCUGGAGGAUGCGCUGCGAAAUCUGAAGUGCGGCUCAGGGGCCCAGGGUGGCGACGGGGAGGUCGCUUCGGCCCCCUUGCAGCCCCCGGUGCCCUCUCUGUUGGAGGUGAAGCCGCCGCCGCCGCCACCUGCCCAGACUUUUCUGUUCCAGGGUCAGCCUGUAGUGAACCGGCCGCUGAGCCUGCAGGACCAACAAACGUUCGCGCGCUCCGUGGGCCUCAAAUGGCGCAAGGUGGGGCGCUCACUGCAGCGAGGCUGCCGGGCGCUGCGGGACCCGGCGCUGGACUCGCUGGCCUACGAGUACGAGCGCGAGGGACUGUACGAGCAGGCCUUCCAGCUGCUGCGGCGCUUCGUGCAGGCCGAGGGCCGCCGCGCCACGCUGCAGCGCCUGGUGGAGGCACUCGAGGAGAACGAGCUCACCAGCCUGGCAGAGGACUUGCUGGGCCUGACCGAUCCCAAUGGCGGCCUGGCCUAGACCAGGGGUGCAGCCAGCUUUUGGAGAACCUGGAUGGCCUUAGGGUUCCUUCUGCUGCUAUUGCUGAAUUCCUGUCCAUCCACGGGACCCUGAAACCCCUCUUGGCCUAUCUGCUGGACCUGCUGGGGCAGAGUGGAUUGCCUUCCCCAGGAGCCAGACCAGCACCCACCGAGCCUGCUGGGGGUGCAUCAUUGGGGAUUCUGCCUCAGGUACUUUGAUAGAGUGUGGGGCGGGGGGGACCUGCUUUGGAGAUCAGCCUCACCUUCUCCCACCCCAGAAGCGGGGCAUACAGCCAGCCCUUACAGUUUCACUCAUGAAGCACCUUGACCUUUGGUGUCCUGGACUUCAUCCUGGGUGCUGCAGAUACUGCAGUGAAGUAAAACACGAAUCAAUCUUGCCUGCCCCCAGCUCACACUCAGCGUGGGACCCCGAAUGUUAAGCAAUGAUAAUAAAGUAUAACCCGGUU